AUCUGGGACGUGGUGGAGAAGGCAGACAUCGGCUGCACUCCCGGCAGCGGGAAGGACUAUGCCGGCGUCUUCACAGACGCGGGGCUGGCCUUCAAGACCAACAAAGACUUGCAGACCCCGGAUCGGACAGAGCUGGAGUGCCCCAAAGCAGCUACCCGGCGCCGCCGCUCCGUGAUGCUCAUGGAGAAGAGGAUGGACAAAGUUGGACAGUAUCCGAAGCAGGUGCGCAAGUGCUGUGAACACGGCAUGCGGGAAAACCCAAUGAAGUUCUCGUGCGAGCGCAGGGCCCGGUACAUCCAGCACGAGGCGUCAUGUGUGAAGGCCUUCCUGGAAUGUUGCCAGUACAUCACCCAGCUGAGGCUCAACCACUCCCGCAACGUUCACCUGGGGCUGGCCCGGAGUGAGUGCACCUGCCCCUGGGCCGCCAGAGGCGGGAGGCUUG